AGUCUUGGCCCAAAAUGUUUGCCCCAGCUUGGCCCAGCUGUCUUCGUUCUGCUGCCUUGCACCGGCGAAGAUUCUGGAUAGGCCUCUGCACAUCGGGCCGCAACUAUGCGCACGGGCGCAGGCGCACGUGAGCUUCAGGCACCGUUGGCCUCACAUCGUGCCUCCGUGGUGCCGGAAGGCUUGGCACUCGGGCAGACCUCUCCAGCAGAGCCGCCCGCAGCGGCGCCAGACCCUGAGGACUCCGAGCCAUCAGCAUGCCAGGCUUUUCUGAAGGAGAAGUGCUUCUGGCUGUUUUAUGUGUUGUGUUGCAUCGGAUGCGGCAUAUCGCUGGUCGUUGCCAAAACGCAGUGCCCGCAUCAUUUCAACAGGCUGCUCAAGCUGGAGUCUAUUCCUAUCGUGAGCGUGUUGUUUACGUGGGGCCAUAUCUGGCUUGCAGUCCAGAUGAUGUUUUAUCCAGUCAAAUUCUGGGGGUGCUGGAAUUACAAAAACUCUGGUUACGGCCUUGGUUGGCAAGGCGUCGUUCCCAGAAAAGCUGGCAAAAUGGCAGAGACAACGUGCGAACUUAUGCUUGGGCGGAUUAUCACGAUGGAGGAGGUCGUGGACCGCAUCUACAUGGACGAUUUUUUUGCGACCUUCGAGUCAGUAUUAAUCGAAUGCCAGCGGAAGGUGAACGAUCGCUUGGGAGCCCAAUUUUUUCCAUCAUUAUGGACACGGAUACCCCAAAGUGUCAAGGACGAAUUGUUGGACAAGGUCAUGGAGUGUUCCAAGGACUCUUUCCAUCCGAUAAUGUCUGACGUCCGCCGCAACAUCAAAUCAAUCUUGGACAUCAAGGAUAUGGCUGUCACACGCUACACGAACGAGCCUCGGUUGUUGAUCGGUCUCUUCCAGAAGGUCGGCAGCAAAGAAUUUGCAUUCAUUCAGCGCACAGGCGCCCAGAUGGGCUUGUUUUUGGGCCUUGGCCAGAUGGCACUGUACUUCGUAACGGAAAAAGUCCGAUGGAUGCCUUGGGUGUUGCUUCCAGUGUCUGGCCUAGUCAUCGGAAAUUUUACGAAUUGGUUAGCUAUCAAAAUGAUUUUCAAACCGACAUAUCCGCAUUUGCUCUGCGGGGGACGCCUGAAUAUCCAGGGUUUGUUUCUGAAGCGGCAGAAGGUGGUAUGCAAGGUUCUAGCCAGAAUGCUAGUCGAUAUGUGUUUGAACAGCGAUGAGAUGGUCAAGUAUUUGGUCUCAAGUCCUGGCUACGAGGGCGCGCUGGAGAUUUUCCACAAGCACGCCGCGAAGGCAUGCGACGAGGUGGUUGGUACGGCUCGAUUUGUUGCCCCCAUCGUGGUCGGGUCCGAUCGGUACGAAGCGUUGAGACAGUGCACGGCUGGCGGGCCUGCUGGAGGAGCUGCCGAAGUACAAGUCCGCCUUCAACGAGUACAUGGACGCGGCGUUUCAGAUCGAGGAGACGAUCGGCUCCAGGCUGGCACAGCUGCCACCCGAUCAAUUCGAGGGCAUGCUCCACCCGGCCUUCCAGGAGGACGAGUGGAUGCUGGUUCUGCUAGGCGGCGUGCUGGGCGUCGUCGUCGGCCUCUUCCAGGCCGCCGUGCUCGGCUCCUGAGGCGGGUCGCUCGGCCUCCCAGCCUCCGAGAGCGCGCCGCCCGACAAAGAGCUGCCCCGGGGAAGGUCUGCAGGUCCACGCCGCGCUGGCGCGGCGUCGGCGCCAGACGUUCGAGGCUCGCUUGGGGCACCCCUCUGGAGCCCACCCGGCGGGUGUGUUCGACUCUGGUUCGGCCCUGGUUCGGCUCUUGGUUGGGCUCCCGCCCGCCUCUAGCUCGGCCCACGUCGGCGGGCGUUUUGCGCGGCGUGGACGCGUGAGCGGAGCAGGGGGCUCGGGCGAGGUCUCCAGAGCCCAGCGCGGGCGUUCAAGUUCGAGCUUCACCAGCCGCUCGAGUUCGACAAGUGAGCGACGUAUCAUUCUCGCUCAAGGCUCGCUCGAUUGACGAAAUUCAAGGACUCCAAGCUUUAGAAC